CUGAUUUCUAUUUUACUGCUCGAGAACGCACCGGUUUCACCACAAGACACCGCCGGUAUAAAUCCGCCGGCACGUGACGUGGAGGACACGAGAGAGCGACUAGUUCCGACUCCAAAGUGACAAAGGGAGCAAGGAUGGAGAGAGAGGGAGAGAGGGAGGAGGAGGAGGAGGAGGAGGAGGGGGGCUAGCGUUAGCUGCUCGCUACCUAACACCGGGUGACAUCACACCAGCUUUGUGGGUAAAUACAGGCCGUGUGUAGUCAGCCUUCGUGGAGGUUAAUCAUUGUAUUCACGGCGCUGCUCGCGGGGAGGGUGUCGCGGUACAGUUGACGUAAUUAGUUAACGUCGCGAGAGGCUGACCGUGGCCUCACCUCUGUCGGGCUUUGCUGCUGAGAGAGAGAGAGGCUGACCGUGUGUUUACCGAGACGAACACAAACAACAGCGCUGUGGGCUGAACCCGGUUGUUGUUGUUUUUGUUGUUGUCGAUUCUGGCUGCUGCUAUCCUUUUAUUAAACUCAUGUAGUAUUAUUGUGUGACGUUACUUUUAGGAAUGUAAAGAUGACAUAACCGACCAUAACAUAUACUUGAAUUAUAAAAAAGGAGAGAAAAAGUUGAAAUUACAUUUUAGCUGUGUUGACGUUCAAGUUUGCUAUUCCCUGACUGAAGUGUAUACAAAAAGAAAAACAUAAACACACCUGACAACACAAUAUAAACACACAUAUGAAGUAGCAGUACCAGUGUCAGUAAUAAUGUUACCUAAGGUGUGGUUGAAUAUAAUGGAUUAUACGUUAUACGUGUGUAAUAAUUGAAUGAUUGACAUUUAAUUACGCUGUAAACCAUAAGACACAAGGGUCUGCAUUAUAGAGAAAUAACAUACAAAUAUAGCUGAUGCAUUUUGCUCGACUGUGUCCACCUAAGAUUUAUAACAGGGAGGUAGGAACCUUUGCAGAACGGUCAGACUUUUGACAAGUGACAUUUUUUACUCAACAUAUGUAUUGUUAUACGAAAAAACACUGCAUUGCUUUGCAAAUUUGUAAUUUUGGGCUAAACAAAAUCAAUUUGAUUUGAUUGAAUUGCUCUGUCAGCCUCUUUAUAAAAUCUUUUUAAAAAAAACUAAAAUUAGAUGGGAAAUACAUUUAAGAUAAAAAAAAUCUAAAUUUGAUUUUCACAAAAAUGAAUUGUGAAAAAGGCAAACAGUUGAGCAGCUUUCCUUUGCACACCACCAACAAAUCAUUAUAACUUGUGAAUAUUCAACUUUAUCGCCCCGGGUCCCGACUAGAAAUUGAAUUGGAGUGAUGUAAUGGGCUUUAAAUAAUUAAUAUGUAGAGAAAAGUAAAAGAGGCCGAGCUGUGGAGGAGAAGAGAAAUCGAUGAGGGCGAGGGAGCACAAAUGAUAUGAUGAGAGAGAGAGAGAGAGAGAAUCAGAUGGAUGGGAACCCCACCCAGGCCUGCUUCCUCUCUGCCUGCUCAGUCCACUGAUAAGCAGCCACGGAGGAAGUCAAGUAUUAUUUCAUGUGAGGGAGGACGAGCGCGUCUGUUUGCUGAGGAGGAAUCGCUGCGGCCUCGGUGUGUGAUGAAGACGCUGUAGUUGAGGCAGGAAUAGUCUCCAUUUGAUGACUUCCCAGCCACCUGACGGGCUAAAACAAGCAGCCCUUGAGAAUAUCAGUCUGUGCAGAGGGAUUUCACUGUUUUUCUUGCCCAAAGUGUGUGUGUUUCUGGCUAAGUAGCGUAGUUUGCCACCCAAAUUGGCAUGAUUUCGGGAGUCCCAGGCUACUGCCAGUCCUGUUUAGCUCUGGCAUAAAGCCGCAGCAGCUUUCACCCCCGAGAGGUAGUCGACUUCCCCUCCAGUGCUGGCGGCACGCCGCUGAAAAAGAAGGCCGUAACCUUGGAUGAAGGCCCUGCAUUGAGGAGGAGAGCAGGACUUGGCUUCGCACAGCGGUGUGUGCGAAGCCCGCCGGCUGCUUGGAUCCUCCUCACCCCGAUCUUAGCUUGCAUUGGAUCGCCAGUGUGGUUUGUUGGACAUGUGAAUGAUGCUAACUGGGUUUUUGUGCCCAUUUUGGAAAACCGUCUAGUUGUGAGACUCCUUGCUCAAGGGGGGUGAGGAGGCUCCCAGCCAUGGAGGGUCUCGAGCAGCUUGACAUGGUGGGCGACAUCAGCCCGGCCCUCGAGGCCACCGAGGACUUUAUCCACUGCAUGGAUGGGAUACAAGGCCAAGUUCCGAGCCAAGCUCAAACGGGGAUCCUCCAGCCCGCCAGGCAGCCGAAGCAACUGCAGGAGGUUUCCAGCGCCGCGCUGGGGAAGCUGAGCUCCAGCGGCGUGUGGGGCUUGCUGGCCCGAGAGCAGCCGGAGGUGGGGCCUCUGGGCCUGGCCUGGGCCGACAACUUCAGCGUGUUGGGGCUGGGGAUGGGCUUGAGGCACGGCAAACGAAGCCGGGCGCGCUCCACCAACGACCUGGCGGCCCAUACCAAGGAGUGCGCCAACAACGCCGCCAACUCCUCGUCCAAAUCGGCCUUCAAGAAGGGACACAACCGGUCCAGGUCAGACGUCAACUACCGGCCGUCGGCAUACACCGACAACGGGCUGCCCACGGUGGACGGCAACACUCUGAAGAACAUGAUCCUCAACCAACAGCCAGAGGCGGAUAAAAGCUGCAGCAGCGGCAGUGUGGUGAAGCAGGGUGCGAUGGAGCAGCGCGAGGGGCCCCGGGGCCGCUGGACACCCUGCCACGUCGAGCUGACGCCCUGCGAGCUCCGGCUGUACACUCUGGACAGCAGCGCCAACCGUCAGCUGGGCACCGCCUUCUCCCUGUCGCACUGCCAGAGCGUCGUGUCGCCGGCACCCUGCAGCCAGCACGGCCAGAUCGCCCAGCCCGUCGACCAGCGCACACUCCAGGCUUUGUUCUUCAACAGCAUGCGCCUGCAGCUGAGGGCGGCCAGCCAAUGGGAGGCCGGGGAGUGGAGGCGGCUGAUGUGUGAGAAAGUGCAGGCCGCCAGACCUGCGAGGAAGGACAACCACCAGCGGAAGGCCGGAGGGGAGAAGCAACAGGUCGUCAGUUUCCCCGUGCUCUUGUCGUCGCCCUCGCCGUCGGGCCUCGACACUAGGCCCGACGGCGACAGCGACACCCCGACGUCGUCGUCGGAGGCGUCGCUCCACCUCCAGCCUAACUCCGGCAUCCUGAGCAGACCCACCACCCUGCCUCUGUUCACCCAACGCUGCCAGGACGUCCUCAAGGCCGGCCCACUCCACCAGCUGAUGGAUCAGAACAACUCGCGGGCCUUCACCUUCGUCCUGACCAAGUCCACCCUCCGGGCCUUCCCCAUCGAUGGCCGGGGGUCCGUGUCCCAGCCUGUCCUCCAGUUCUCCAUGGCCUCCUGCUUGGCCGUGCGGCACAAUCGGGAGCCCGAGAGCGGGGAGCCGAGGACAGACGGAGGGGACUGCUUCCAGGUGGUUUUCCCCAAAGAGGUGCUCAGGCUCCGGGCGGACAAUCGGCUCAAGGCCCAGGAAUGGGCGGAGGCCCUGCGGGAGGCGGUUGGAGCACAGAGGCCGGCCAAAGGGGAAGCGGGAGAGUCGGGAGAAGGAGCACCGGCCCUCCAGGGAGUGCUGCUGAGAUCCAAACCAUCCAGGGAGAGGCGACAGCGGGAGGCCCAGAGGGCCAAGCGGCAGUCGGUCACCACUAGUUUCCUCAGUAUUCUCACCUGUCUGGCUGUGGAGAAGGGACUGACGGCUCAGAGCUUCAGGUGUGCAGGUUGUCAGCGUCCAGUCGGCCUCUCCAGAGGAAAGGCAAAGGUCUGCUCCUACAGCGGCUGGUACUACUGCCAGAGCUGCCAUCAGGACAACUCGUUCCUCAUCCCAGCACGUCUGCUGCACAACUGGGACACCAGUAAGCACAAGGUGUCUAAACAGGCCAAGGAGUUCCUGGAGUUUGUGUACGAGGAGCCUCUGCUGGACGUCCAGCAGCUCAACCCGUGUCUGUAUGAGCACUGCGAACCUCUCAGCACCGUGCUGCGUCUCCGUCAGCAGCUCCAGUCGCUGCGCGCCUACCUGUUCAGCUGCCGGGCAACCGUUGCCGAGGACCUCCGUCGAAGGAUCUUCCCCAGGGAAUACCUGCUACAGCACAUCCACCUGUACUCCAUGGCGGACCUGCAGCAGGUGAUCGAUGGGAAACUGGCUCCCUUCCUGUCCAAGGUGAUCAAGUUUGCCAGCGCGCACGUUUUCAGCUGCAGUUUGUGUCGAGAGAAAGGCUUCAUCUGUGAGCUGUGCCACGACGGACAGGUCCUCUACCCCUUCCAGGAGAGCGUCACCAAGAGGUGCGACGGCUGCGGCGCCGUGUUCCACGCCGAGUGCCGACAGAAAGCACAGCCGUGCCCUCGCUGCGUCCGCAGAGAGCUCCACCACAUGAGGCCGUCCUCCUUCUGGUCACCUGACGACGACGGCCCCGGGUGCUUUCACCUGCCCUACCAUGACACCUGAGAGAGACACGCACACACACACGCACACGCACACACACACACACACACACACACACCGGUUGUUACAGACUGAACUUCCUCGUAUUUUGUACUCGCCAUCGUCCUCCUUUCACCACUUUCACUUUCACUUAAUCCCAAAUCACAGCUGAUAAACUAGAGACCUUCAAACUAAUAGUCGGUGGUUUGUUCUAACCUCCGGCACCAGUUCAGUGAGGAAACCAUCAGGAAAUGGACGGAAGAUGAUUAACAAGUUUAGCAACUGAUUAAUAAUUUGUCAAGUCGGGAAAACAUUCUCUGGUUCCAGCCUCUCAAAUGUGAAGAUUUGCUGUUUUCCUUCUUUUGGGAACGUGUGAUCUUUUUUUGUUUUUUCUGUCUUCAUUUACUGUCCCACUGGAGUCUGGAGAGGCAACCAGGUUCCUUCCCUUCAGAGGAAAGCAGUCGUGGUCCACUUUGACUCAUGUCCGUUGCUAUGAAAUGACAUAUUAAAGUGGAGGUGCACACUUGUUCCAUGUCUGUCUUAGAACAGUAGUCACAUGCUCACGGGACAGGUUUUUAUAGAUGAAAAUGAUGAUAACAAUUCCUCCUCUUCAUAGUAGCAAUUAAAAAGAUCCCCGUCUAAAUCAAUUUCAAUGCGAGUUAAUAUCAGGCUGUUAGCAGACUUAUUGAAAUCAAGUGGGUAUUUACAAAAGUUAUGGUCUGUUUAAUACAAACAUCUAACACAACACAUCAAUCCAAGCCUCAUAUGGACUUUAAAUAAACUCUGAAAUAUACUUUUGUACAAAACGGACUGGAGUUUUGUCCCCCAUCACUUGCAUUGUA